AAGUGAAGAGGGCGACGGUGGAAGGAUCCUUUUUUCUUUUUAAUUUAAAUUUUACGUGCGGUAGAUGCCGAAAUUAUAGUAUCUUGUGUACGCGUAAUAAAAGGUACAAUGUUGGAAGAGGUCUCGGCAGGACUUAGCGCCUGACGGUCUGUCGGUCGUUCCGGCAAAAAUGAAAGAAGCUCGUCGGUCCGAGCAGCUGAUGGCGGCCGAGUGCUGUUCGAGCCUCAGUGUCCCUCAUCGAAGCGUUUAAGUGAGUGUGUGCGUUUAGCUGCGCGAGCGGAGUGCGGCUACCGCGUGCGGAAGGAAGAUAAUUCUGUGGAAUAGAUUUCACGCGGCGAAACACCGCUUCUAAAGGAGUUACGAGCUAUUUCGUAACGGUGCUUGUUUCACGACUUGGUAUCCGACACGCAGGCACGGUACGGUAAGCCUGCCAGCCGUUCCACAGUCUCCCGGUGGCGUGAAUCAAAUAUUUGUUCGAACGGAGAAAAAUCGAACAAGUGAACCACAGACCAAACGGCCGGUCGUGGUUUCAGGUAACGCAUAAUCCACAUACGAUCAAGAAAAAGACACGGUGCCGCUUGUGUGUUGCACAGUGUAGGUGGGAGAUUCGACGUACGACGGGGCGUGCGUUCGCGUGUGACAACGCCUAACAAGCGAUCGCGCCCCUUUUCUCGACCGAUACAAGAACCACCUCUGGCAAUUGUUCAACGAAUUUUUAUCGAACUGUGAACUUGAUGGAUCUCGUCGUUUGACAAACAUCCUCCGAUUAAAACACGUUCAGUUCUGUUACGCGGAAAAACUCCUCGUGCUAUGCGCGCAUUACUAUCAAUUUUCACCCCUCUCUGCUUCAGGAACCUCUGAACCAUGAGUUCAUCUUCUUCGACACGGAAUGCGACCUCCUCAGGGUGGAUGCAAUCUUCUUUAGUCGCGUCCAACGCCGAAAAAGUGCAGCCGAGGCACGAAAGUGCCUCCAGCAUUUCACUUCCCUCCAGCUCUCAUAGUGCCUCUGCUAAUCCCAACAUGUCGUCAGCGACUUUUGUGGACCGGAUAGAUCCCUUUGCCAAGAGAUCUCUUAAGAAGAAAUCCAAAAAAUCACAGGGUUCAUCUCGUUAUCGUAACUCUCAAGAUGUUGAGUUACAGCAAUUACCGCAGCUCAAAGAUGUUACACCGUCGGAACAGGAAGAACUGUUUAUCCGAAAACUCCGGCAAUGUUGUGUGACUUUUGAUUUUAUGGAUCCGAUGGCGGAUCUUAAAGGCAAAGAAAUUAAACGUAGUACACUCAAUGAAUUAGUCGAAUACAUCACAGCUGGUCGAGGCGUCCUUACAGAGCCUGUAUAUCCCGAAAUCAUUAAAAUGAUUUCUGCAAAUCUGUUUCGCACAUUACCACCUAGUGAAACUCCCGAUUUUGAUCCAGAAGAGGAUGACCCAACAUUGGAGGCGAGUUGGCCUCAUUUGCAAUUGGUUUAUGAAUUCUUUUUACGCUUCCUUGAAUCUUCAGAUUUUCAACCUACGAUUGGCAAAAAAGUUAUUGACCAAAAAUUUGUUUUACAGUUAUUGGAGUUAUUUGAUUCUGAGGAUCCUAGGGAAAGGGAUUUUUUGAAAACUGUUUUGCAUCGUAUUUAUGGGAAGUUCCUUGGUCUUAGAGCCUUUAUACGCAAACAAAUCAGUAACAUUUUCUUGAGGUUUGUAUAUGAAACUGAGCAUUUCAAUGGAGUUGGUGAACUUCUUGAAAUUUUGGGUAGCAUUAUAAAUGGUUUUGCUCUUCCUUUAAAAGUUGAGCACAAACAGUUCUUAGUUAAGGUGCUGUUACCACUACAUAAAGUAAAGUGCUUAUCGUUAUAUCAUGCACAGUUAGCUUAUUGUGUGGUACAAUUUCUUGAAAAGGAUGCAACCCUAACAGAGCCUGUUAUACGAGGCCUCCUGAAAUUCUGGCCUAAAACAUGUAGCCAGAAGGAGGUAAUGUUCCUUGGUGAAAUUGAAGAGAUCUUGGACGUGAUAGAACCUAGCCAAUUUGUUAAAAUACAAGAACCCUUAUUCAGGCAAAUUGCACGUUGUGUCUCUUCGCCACACUUUCAGGUUGCAGAAAGAGCACUGUACUUUUGGAAUAAUGAAUAUAUAAUGUCUCUAAUUGAAGAAAACAAUCAUGUAAUAAUGGGAAUUAUGUUCCCGGCAUUGUAUAGAAUUAGCAAGGAACAUUGGAAUCAGACGAUCGUAGCCCUUGUUUAUAACGUUUUAAAAACAUUUAUGGAAAUGAAUAGCAAGCUCUUCGAUGAACUUACUGCCAGCUAUAAGUCUGAAAGGCAAAAAGAAAAGAAGAGAGAAAAGGAAAGGGACGAAUUGUGGAGAAAACUGACUGAAUUGGAGGUAGAACGACGUAAUGCGCUUACUGCUACCUUCAACAAUCCAGUUCCUGCCACAACAACACCUACGACACGAGCCCGCCCUUGAGCUGGUGGGAAUUCACUCCCAAAUUAUUCAAUCAUUAGCCCUUAGUUUACGUCGAUUGUCCAUACACUACAUGCAAAAAUUACUGUUGUUAGUGGAGCAAAGUGUCUCACAAUGGCAUUCUUGACGUAAUUUCUUUCAUUAGUUACUAGCCUAACAGGCGAAGUGGAGAAAAGAAAAAUGAAAGAAUCAGUAAUCACAAUUUUAUUCUUCUUCGAUGCAAUGAUUGAUGAGUUCUAAUAUUUUUAUUGUGUACAUUAAUUUCUACUUUUCUUUUUUCCUUUUUCUUUAAUAGCAAUGAUUUAAGUUGUACAAUGUACUCAGUGUUAGCACAUAAUACGGCAAUAUUUUAUUAGUCCCUUCUGAACUAAAGUGUAGCUGCGCUCGGUGGGAGGAGACGAUCAAGAUGUAAAUUCAAAUAGAUAAAAUAUAUUGUUAUAAUAUUGA